AUGUCAACAGAGUUUGCCGCAGUAACCGCGGAGAGGACGUCUCUAGCCGAAUCGCCAACGGAACCUCGUGCUCUUAAUGGGCAUGAUGGGGACGACGAAGAUGAACAAGACAACAGCGCCGACUUCCGCCGCUCUUCUCGGCGACUCUCAUUUGCAAGGCGCGACGCUGAGUCCGGGGCUACCGAUAUGCCACCUCUAACAGGCGGAUCGACCAAUCGCAUCCUUCGGAAGCGGAAGCUACCCGCCGAUGACAGGCACCCUGAUGAUUUAAUGACGACCGCGGAACUUGAUAUUGGAGAAGGCGAAAGUUCGCGAUACGCGUUCCGUCAACGGAAACCUGUGGACUAUGGGGGCAGGCGGCGUAACGAUGAGAUCGAUAUCAACAUGACCGAAACCAGCGGAGGGCGCCCCAGCAGAAACCGCCAGGCUGUUGACUACAAUGAGGGCCGCGUUUUCAAAAUGCUGCUGGACCAAAUGGAUAUACGUGAAGGACAUCCUCGUCACUCGACAGAUGGUGGAAGACCAUGGGGUUCUCCCAACAACAUAGCGAGGCCACGCAAAAUUCCGAUGGCAACAACGGGAGGAGGCCCCACCUACGAUUCAGAUGAUGAGGGCGACAUGGGGAAACCCAUGCUACAAUACGCGCGAUGCACCGCUCUCCUCAAGGAACUACCCGAAGUCACGCAAGGAUACUACAAAGAUCGCUUACAGACGCAUUUAGAAAACAACGACUUCCCCGCUUCUCUCCCGUUCACAGAGAACCGAGUCACUUUCGAUAUGAUUGGGGGUCACGAAGAACACGUCAAGACAAUUCAAGAGAUGAUCAAGAUUGCGCUCCUAUACCCUGAGUUGGCACGAAAUGCGGAUCCUAUCAAAGGUGUCAUGUUUUAUGGACCACCAGGAAACGGGAAAACACUGAUGGCGCGAGCCAUCGCUUCGAGCUGUUCGAGUUUCCAGGUCCCAGUGUCCUUCUUCGAGUGCCAAGCGGCCGACGUCCACUCGAAGUGGUUUGGCGAGUCAGAGAAGCACUUGAAGAAGCUGUUUGAUCAAGCUAAGGCAAAUGAGCCAGCUAUCAUCUUCUUUGACGAGGUUGACGGCAUGGUACCGGCUCGAUCAUCCGGGGAGAACGCGACGCCUCACAACUCGGUGGUCACAUCGUUGCUGACGCUAAUGGACGGCCUUGAAGAUAGAGGCCGUGUCAUCGUUAUCGGAGCUACAAAUCGAUUGGACACCUUGGAUCCAGCAUUACUCCGUCCUGGCCGGUUCGAUAGACGUCUGCAGUUCAAGCGGCCAAAUCGGGGCGCGCGACAAAAGAUCAUCGACAUCAGAACGCAGCAUUUCCAGCUCGAGCAGGGUCUGAAGGAACGGGUUGCGAGUGCAACCGAUGGAUAUAGUGGCGCGGACUUGAAGUCUUUAUGCAACGACGCAUACUUCAAAGCUCUGCGAAGGACAUAUCCCCAAAUAUAUACCGCUCCUCAGAAGCUGCAUGUUGAUCCGGCGCUCGUCAAGGUCACACAACGCGAUUUUGAUCAAGCCCUCAGAGAUGUGAAGCCAAGCGGUAGCAUUGGCGAUGCAAACGGCCCGCCACCAUCGUCCCGUGCUCAAGUGCUGGUCUCUGACAUGUGGGAUGGUGUCCUUCGCCGGUUGCGGGUGAUCCAUACGGCUCUCAGUCGACGAUCAGCUGGUACUGCAUUCUCCACCAUACAACCACGCGUCAUGGUUGCUGGGCCGCCUAAUAUUGGACAGAUGGAAAUCUCGUCCAUGGCAAUGGGUCAAUUGAUGGAGUGGGGCUUCAGGGUGCAAAUUAUCCAGAAUGUCCUGGAUUCCGAGAGUAUCACCUCGGCGAUUUAUGCAUUAAGAGACGAAGCACUCCCUUGCAUUGUCCUACAGAACUUUGAUUCCUGGUCGGCGGAAUCGAUCACCUUUCUGCAUGAUCAACUACGCAUCGCAAGCCAUUCCAUUCUCGUGUUUGCGACCUGGGAGUCGACGAGCGAGAUCAGCGACCAAAUUAAGGAAUUCAUGAAUGGUACCGAAGACGAUAUCAAUGCGUUGUUUGGAUUCCGGGCAAUAUUCGAGAUGAGUGUUCCCACGGAGGAAAAGCGCGCGUUCUUCUUCGAACCGUUACUAGAGUCCAUAGCAACACUACCAGACUCCGCGCAAACAGCCAUCCCACCAACAGCUCUAGCCAUCCUUCCAUUAGCCGAAGGCCCACCCCUCCCCGUGCUCACCAACAUCCAAAAAAAGAAUAUGGAAGCCAAAUGUUGGAACGUGCUGCAAGACUUAAAACAACGGCUGAGAUUGUUCCACAAGGAUAUCGGCAAGACCAAGUAUCGCGUCUUCUGUCACCCGGUGGAUGAGUCGCGGUACUCGGACUAUAGGGAGGUGGUUACUGAACCGAUGGAUAUGGGGGAGAUGAUGACGAAACUCGAUGCGGACCAAUAUGAGACUCCGGAAGAUUGGCUUAAGGACAUUGAGCAGAUAUGGAAGAAUGCGUCGGAGUAUAAUUAUCCCCGAUCUGAGAUUGUACACAAGGCACAUGAACUUCGCGACGACGCUCAUGCAUUCGUGCAAAGCAUCCCUAGCACGUAUCGCCUGAAUUACUUACAAGCGGCGCUGUGGAGGAAGGUUGAAGGCGCGAAAGAGGUUGUGCCACCAGUUAGCGAGGCGGCGGGGACGGUAUCGAAUGGCACACAAUCCAAUGGCACAGAAUCCAAUAGAACAUUCUUCAAACCUUCAUCGGCACAUAAGCGGCGGCGGCUCUCUCUAUCCUCAGAUUCAGAACGCACCGCAGCGAGCACAAACCCUCCAUCAACCACGGAACCAGCCAUUACGCAGAACUCGAGCACAUCCGGAUCUCCCGGGCACAACACCUCCUCCCACAUGGAGAUAGCCGAAUCACAAGACUUGACCCUUCCCCACCGUCCGCAACGAGAAGUCGCGCAACUAGGCGGAGACCUGGCAAAAUUGCGGACGGACUUGCUGUCGUUGACGAACGGGAUGAAUGUGCGGAAUCUGGAAGUGCUGUAUCAUGUUUUGGAAGGUGAGAUUGAUGCGCUGGAGAUGGAGACAGAUCGGAAGGUUGUUUUGCAGGUUGGUUAUGGUGUUCAAUUGUAA